GUUCGUUCACAUACCGACGCUACCGCGAAGGAAAAUCAAGCCUGUGUAAGGUCAACAGUGACCAGCCAGGACGUCAGUGAUAGCCGUGGUACAGCAGUCACUGGCUUGCAAGCGUGUCAUGUGGCGUGCAGAUAGGAUUGAAACCAGUGUCGUGGCAUAACAGGACUGCCGGGAUUUAUCUGGUUGUAACCAGCGCGAUCAUAUAGCGAGGCUACAGCGUCUAAAUUGGUAAAAGUGCGGACAGAGGAGGAAAAAAGAAGUACUCUAAAAAAGGGUUAUGUGGCCGCGACGUGGUUUCCGGUACGUCCAGGCGUUUGGCAGCAAGGAGCUUUAUCUCGGCCGGCCCUCGUCUCGCCUACAUCUCCUCGUCCUCCCCCGUCCUCCCCGUGUCUUCAGUCGGUGGGUACAAGGAUCAUUCUGUUUUUCAUUGUUCUAAUGCAUAAGAAAGUAAAAUAAGUCAAAGCGGAAAUGUCCUCCGAUAAUAUAAUGUCGUCUGAACGCUUAUUCCACGUCUGCAAAGGAUGCGGACCACACGUCGACAGCAUAUUCGUCUCUUGCUCCAAGUGCAAACGAUUUCUCGUCCCCUGCGGCAAUCAAAAGAAGGAUCAGUGCUGCCAUCACCAUCGAGUUAUAUUCACCGACGGAGCCUGCUCGUCCAACGGCAAACAGGGAGCCACUGCUGGAUUAGGAAUCGCUAUAGGUUCGAAGGGCUCAGAACAGGACCAGUGGUCCAUCCCAGUUGACGAUGUCGUCGACGCAAAUGGGAGGCGGACUAGCCAACGUGCAGAGCUCCUAGCUGCGAUUUAUGGGCUUCGUCUCGUUGGUAGUCAUGAUCGUGACACGCUCUGCCCGGCUGAGCGCGGCUCGAAAUACUUGUACUGGAUCAUCGCGACUGAUUCCCAGUAUGUCGUGAAGGGCAUGACCGAGUGGUUCGACAAUUGGAAGGUUCGUAGCAUGCUCGUUCUCUCGUGCUUCCUAUUGUGACACACCGCAACAGCAGAACGGGAGCAACGACACUUCUUGCGCAUCAUGUUCCUCUACGUCCCGCGC